AUGCCAUUUAUACCUACAUCAGAGGCAUACCUUAGUAAUGUUUCACCAAGACCAUUUUUACCAUCAGGAUUAAGUUCUACUCAACAAAAAAGAUUAUCUUAUGCCUCAGGUAGUAAUAGACUUUUUCGAUUCUCUACUUCUACACCAAUCAAAACUCUUGAAACUGUUCAAGAAGAUGUAACUGCUGAGGAAGAGAGUAAUGAUAAUAAUUGUAAAUUUUCAUUGGAAACAAUUAAUAGUAGGACAUUAACAGUAAAUCAAAGUAAUAGUAAUAUUAGUUUAAGUAAUAGUGGACAUGAACAAGGAAUUAACAAUAAAAUAUCAAGUUUAGAUAAUUAUAAUUAUCUAACUAAAAAUUCAACAAAUGAUGAAUCAUCUAAAUUUUUUUCAUCAUAUAAUGAUGAUAAUGAAGUUUUUAAAAAUUCUCCUACCUCUAGUUAUGAUACUUCAUCUAUAAUUAUGGAUAGAAAUGAUAUUGAAAGAUCAAUGUCAUUAUCAUAUUUAUCAAAUAUUACAAGCCUUAAUAAAACACAUCAGGGAAAACGCCUAUCAUACUCUAAAAUUAAUCCUUUAUUAAAUCAAAAAGCUUCAUCACUACCACAAAAUUCUCCUUAUUCAUCAGGUACAUCUAAUCGUUUACCAUACUCAUCAUUUUCUUCAAAAAUUAUUAAUGAUAGUCAUUUGUUAUCAUAUAAUAAUAAUAUUUUUAAUGAUUCUAUAUCAUCAUUGGAUAAUGGAAAAAAAUCUAGAAAAUAUUCAUUAACUCCUAUUAUGUAUCAUUCUGGAACUUCUAUUAAUACAGGUCAUGGGUCUACAUCCAAUUUAUCACCAGCUGCUACAGUUGUUAGAAGAGCCAGUAUGGCAGUUAGAAAAUUAUCUAUGGCUAUUCCCAGUCUUUCUCCAGAUCCUAUUCCUCAUUUUGCGGUUUUGUCGUUAGGUGCUGAUGUUCUCCCGGAAUAUAAACUUCAACCAACAAGGAUUCAUCAUUGUACAAUAGUUCACUACUCACCUUUCAAAGCAGUAUGGGAUUGGAUAAUUUUAUUAUUAGUUAUAUAUACAGCAAUUUUUACACCAUAUGUUGCAGCCUUCCUUCUUAGAGAAUCACAAAAUAAUGGAACACGAAAAGGAACAUCAUUUACAGAACCUCUAGAAAUUAUAGAUCUUAUCGUAGAUAUAAUGUUUAUCGUAGAUAUUAUAAUUAAUUUUCGCACAACAUAUGUUAAUGAUAAUGACGAGGUAGUGUCACAUCCGGGUAAAAUAGCGAUGCAUUAUUUUAAAGGUUGGUUUAUCAUUGACCUUAUUGCUGCUGUUCCAUUUGAUUUGCUAUUAGCAAAUAAUGAAAAUGAUGAAGUUGGUACAACAACACUUAUUGGUCUUUUAAAAACAGCUAGACUUCUUAGGUUAGUUAGAGUAGCAAGAAAAUUAGAUAGGUAUUCUGAGUAUGGUGCUGCUGUUUUAUUACUUUUAAUGGCAACAUUUGCUUUAAUAGCACAUUGGUUAGCAUGUAUAUGGUAUGCAAUAGGAUCUGCAGAAUUAGCAAAUAAAGAAAAUAUAACAUGGUUACAUCAUUUAAGUAAACAUCUUAAUGAACCAUAUAUUAGUACUAAUGGUACAGUACCUGUUGGUGGACCAAGUUUAAAAAGUAGAUAUGUAACUAGUUUAUAUUUUACACUUAGUACAAUAACAUCAAUAGGUUUUGGUAAUGUAUCAGCAACAACUGAUUCAGAAAAAAUAUUUACAAUUAUAAUGAUGAUACUUGGAAGUUUAAUGUAUGCAAGUGUUUUUGGAAAUGUUUCUGCUAUUAUUCAAAGGUUAUAUUCAGGAACGGCAAGAUAUCAUACAGAAAUGUCACGAUUAAGAGAAUUUAUACGUUUUCAUCAAAUUCCAAAUCCAUUAAGACAAAGAUUAGAAGAAUAUUUUCAACAUGCAUGGAGUUAUACAAAUGGUAUUGAUAUGAAUUUAGUAUUAAAAGGUUUCCCAGAUUGUUUACAAGCUGAUAUAUGUCUUCAUUUAAAUAGAAAUUUAUUAAAUAAUUCACCAGCAUUUGCAGGAUCAUCACCAGGAUGUUUAAGAGCAUUAAGUAUGAGAAUGAGAACAACACAUGCUCCACCUGGUGAUACAUUAGUUCAUAGAGGAGAUAUAUUAACAGGUUUACAUUUUAUAGCAAGAGGUUCAGUAGAGAUAGUUAAAGAUGAUAUGGUAAUGGGUAUACUUGGUAAAGAUGAUGUUUUUGGUGAAAAUCCUCUUUUAUAUGAUGAUGUUGGUAAAGCUAGUUGUAAUGUUCGAGCAUUAACUUAUUGUGAUCUUCAUAAAAUACUUCGUGAUGAUUUACUUGAUGUUCUUGAUAUGUAUCCUGAAUUUGCAGAAAAUUUUUGUAAGAAUCUUAUUAUUACAUAUAAUUUAAGAGAUGAAACUCAAGUAACAAGAAAAAAAUUUGAUAGGCAACGCCUUUUAAGAAUGAGUAGUAAUGGUGUUGUUGGUAAUUCUAUGAUACGGGAAAGUCAAAGUGAAGAUGUAAGAGCAUUAAGAAGUGAAACUAGAAAUAAAUUAUCAUCUGGAGAUGGUAUUAAUAGAGAUGAUACACAAAGAUGUGUAGAUAAAGAUGAAAUUAAUGAUUUAGAAAAAUCAAAAUUAGAACCAAUAGCUAGUGUAAAAAGAAGUUUAAGAGAAAUGAGAAGAAGUUCAGGUGAAUCGUAUAUUCAAGGUCUAUCACCAAAUGUAAAUCAAUCAUUUUCAAAAUCUCCAACACCUUCUAAACAUCCUUCAUUAGGAUCUUCAGGAAGUGGCUUAAGAAGCCAGCAUCAUCGUCCAGCUACAGUAUCUGAAUCUGUUCCAUUGUUAAGAUAUGCAGACGAUGAAUGCAUUAGUGGAAGAAAUUCAGUUUUUGCAGAUGAUUCAACUUUAUUAAUGCCUAAUUCUCCUUCGUAUAUCAUUCCACCUUCCCCAAUAACAAUGAGUGUUGAUAAGAAUGGAAGUGGGAAUGAAAAGUCGUUGUUUUAUACAAAUGUUCUAGAUGCAACAUCAUAUAAAUUAUCAGCACCAAGUGGGAGUUCAUUUGAACCGGGUGAAGUAGAAGAUAAAAAGUUGAUAAACGUAAACAGAAGAUUAGAUCAAAUAGAAAGUAAUAUAAUGAAUAUGCAAGCAAAAAUAACAAAUGAUUUGGAAGAAAUAAUACGUCUAUUAAGAUUAACCGGUGCCUUAAACAGUCCCACUGAAGAACAGGAACCAAGUCCUUCAGAAAAAAAGACGACUAUUAACACAUCACCAACAUACUUGUAA